AUAUUGCAAUAUAUUAUUAUUCUGGGGAGUAAAUCUCCUCAGUUAUUUUACCUCACCAGUUCUAAGUAUGUUAAUUAUUAAUGAUUUUCCGCACCUACGUAGUCGAUAGAUUAACGUAUUUUUAGGUUCCCAGGACGUGAUUCUAUUUCGUCGUCGCAACGUGUGUCUAUAAUGCACUUACCGAACCGCGGUUUCAAGUUCAGUUGAUUAGCAGUGAAGCUGUUUAUUUAGACGACCAGCUCCCCGGUAUCUAACAUGGACAUUCCACAACCCCCAGAAGAUCAUGAACUACGCACGAUCAUCGACAAAUUGGCCGUAUUCGUAGCACGUAAUGGACCCGAAUUCGAGCAGAUGACCAAAACCAAACAGAAAGACAAUGCCAAGUUUGAAUUUUUGUUUGGUGGCCGUCACUUUGAUUAUUAUUUGUAUAAGGUUACAACAGAGCAAGCAAUAUUGAAGCAAAAUAGCGUAAGAGAAAUGGCUCAAGCUGCAGUUGCUAAUAAUUCAGUUAGUAAUCAGCAGUUGAAUGUCGCUGCUGCUGCAGCACAUUGGUUAAAUUUAAAUCCAACAAAUGAUUGUCAGUCUACUGCAGUAACACUGGGAUCCUUGAAUGCUCAGCAAGCAAAUUUGCAACAACAAAUUGCACAAGCAGAGCAAAACUUCAACUCUCAAUUAAUGAUGUUAGCUCAGCAGCAACAAGUAGCUACUGAAGAUAAAAUACUGUCUGAGCAAAGAGAAUGGAUUAAUUCUGAAGCUGCUGCUAAUGAAUUAUCAUUAGUUGAGUUGUCGGCCGUACUUGAACCUAUUAUUAAAGGGUGCACUAAAGACGCAAUAGCUAAUGGUAAAUCAUGGAUUAUGAAACAAACAGCAAGUCAACGAAAAGUUGAUGUUAUCACCCAAUAUUUGCUUAUGGAAGUAAUGGAUUUGAAUGCUGAAUUUUCUAAACAGUUACAUUUAAUUUACUUGGUUAAUGAUACAGUUCAUCAUUGUAUUCGUAAGUCAGAAAAUGUUCUAAAAGUAUCACUUGAAUCAAUCAUAGUACCAAUGUUUUGUUCAGCAAUGGUAAGAGCAAAUGAAGAUCAAAAAUCUAAGCUUAGCAAGUUACUCUCAUUGUGGGAAACAAAAAAUCAUUACUUUCCGGAACCAAUAAUGGAACGGUUAAAAAACCCUGAUCGUUCAAUUGCAGAAUAUAAGAGCAACUUAUUAGAAAAGUAUAGAGAAUCUGUGAAUCAACUCAACAUGAUGAUGAAUAAUACAUUACAAACUUACCGUAGUCAACAUCAAGCAUUUAUAGCUCAAUGUAAUAAUCAAAUACAGAGUAUAGAAAACCAAAAACGUUCGCUAGAACAACAAAAACAAAGAGUAACUCCUCUUUCGAUUCCUCCAGUUCAAGAUGACACAAAUCGUCAGCAUUUCAAUGAGGGUCGUUUACCUUCUCCUCCUAUGUAUCAGAAUAACAUGUCUGGUUAUAUGCAAUCAGAUCAACAGAAUUAUCCACAUCAAACAGACAAUGGAUAUCAGCAAGAUGAUCAUUAUGGACAGUCAAUGCAAAAUUGUAUGCAACAACCUCCUUCUAUUUAUGAUAGACCUCCACCUCCAUUUAAUCAGCCUCCUCCUAAUAUACAUCUACAACCUCCACCUUCAAUGGAAUUGCCUGAUUUGAGUCGACCGCCACCGAACUUUAUACAAAAUAAUUUUUCUAUACCACCAGCACAGCUAGAUGUUAUAUCUGAUGAUUUGCUACCUUCACUGCCAUAUUAUGAACUUCCAGCUGGUCUUAUGGUGCCAUUAGUUAAAUUAGAGGAUAGUAAUUAUAAGCCUUUAGAUCCAGACACAAUAAGAUUACCACCUCCAGCUCCACCAACAGAACGUUUAUUAGAAGCAGUUAAAGCAUUUUAUAUGCCUCCUGGUCAUUUUGCUCCUCGUGAUAGUGACGGCUGGGAAAAGCUUGGUUUAUAUGAAUAUUAUAAAGCUAAAAAUUCUGCCAAAAAACAAAAGGAAGAUGAUAUUGCUAAUAAUAUCAGAGAAAAAUCAAAGUCUCCAUCUCCAAUUGUGUUACCUUCAGUGAAAGAUAAAUCUCCAGUACGAAAAAAGCGUUAUAGAAGUCGAAGCCGCAGUCCAAAACCUCGAAGUCCGAUCAGACGAACUACAACCAAAAAAAAUAGUCCACCACCAACACCAAAUCGUGUUCGCCGAAGACGUUCUCCAUCUAGAUCACCUACACCUUCUCCGCCAUCUUCUCAACGAAGCCCUACACCACCUUCUUUUGGAGGAACGGGUUUUGGAAAAACUGCUCAAGAGCGUUUGGAUGAAUCAAACAAAGGUCAUCAACUACUGAAAAAAAUGGGUUGGGGUGGUGCUGGUUUGGGUUCAAAGGAGCAAGGUAUCGACACACCUAUUAGUGGUGGUGACGUCCGAGAUAGGACUGAUCAAUAUAAAGGUGUGGGAAUCAGUUUGAACGAUCCAUAUGAGAACUUCAGAAAGAGCAAGGGCAAGGCGUUCAUACAUAGGAUGCGCACAAGGGCUGAAGAACGAAUGGAAGGCAAUGUGUAGGUGAACAAUGUCAAUGUUAAAUUAUUUGUUAUAUGGUUAAUACUAUUUGGUGAUACACCUUUAGUCAUAGAGGUGUAACUUAACAAGUUAUAGGCAAAUUUAUAUAUUUUUAGUAAUAAUUAUUUUAGCAUACGGAUGGAAAAAACUGUAAAGAACAACAUUCAGAAAUUAACUACUUUGUGAAUAUUUUUAGUUGCUACAUAAAAUUUUGUUAUGAAAUUUUUAUGCUAUAAAAUUAAGUUAUUUAGACUAUUAUUUUCAUUGCAAUAAAUUCAUCAAAGUUUGCAGUGUAUAUGUUGCAACAAAUCUUCUAUUAAAAUUAAUUUUUCGUUUAACAUUUAGACAAUGACACUAUUUUAUGUAAGAAAAUGUUAAU